AUGUUCCAUGGUAGCCUACAUUGGCAUCGGCACAACGUGAUAAUGGUAUUUGACACCACAACCGAGUUGUUCCGUGAGAUGUCUGCUCCGGUUACUCCUGGCCCCGCUAACCUGUUUGAGAUGGAUGGAAUGCUUGCCGCGUCCAUCUUCACUGAUCCGACGACAUCCAUUGAUAUCUGGAUAGCACAGGACUAUGCCAAUGAGGUUUGGGCCUUCAAAUAUCGGGUCAAUUUGCCGGUUGCAGACCUCACAGCACAGUUUGGGAAGAUUAACAAACGUUGCUGUGUGGUGUUUCCCUCUUGGGAUGGUCAUGUGCUUGUGCUGGCCAAAUUUGGUGAUUGGCUACUUCAGGUUGAUAUGGAUGGAAAGUUGGUUGCCAGUUUCCAUGGCAGAGGCGUUGGUCCUACUCAAAAUCGGCUGAAACAAUCUCUUGUUCAGCAUACCUUCUUUCCGACACUAGAGGGUUAUGUUGUCAACGCAUCGCCUUUCAUCUGA